UUACAGUUGGCGGACGUUGUGGAGGCUGGUGGUUAGUCAGAGAUGAUUCCUCAUGAAUUCCAUGGAGUCGUCCUCUCUGUCGCCUGGCGGGCGUCACUCUGCCCUCUAGACCACUGAGUCCAGGACACACAGUCACACAGUGAAGACCUGAAAGAGACCUGAUAGAGCCCACGACAACACUGAGAGAGAGAUGUUUCCCAUGCCAAUAAAGCCCUUAAAUUGAAUUGAAAUUGAGAGAGAAACAGAGAGAAACAGAGAUAGGGACAAAGAGAGAGAGAAACAGAGAUAGGGACAAAGAGAGAGAGAAACAGAGAGAAACAGAGAUAGGGACAAAGAGAGAGAGAAACAGAGAGAAACAGAGAUAGGGACAAAGAGAGAGAGAAACAGAGAGAAACAGAGAUAGGGACAAAGAGAGAGAGAAACAGAGAGAAACAGAGAUAGGGACAAAGAGAGAGAGAAACAGAGAGAAACAGAGAUAGGGACAAAGAGAGAGAGAAACAGUAGGUUCAAAAAACCUACUUGAGAGACAAACAAAGAGUGAAAACCAACCAUGAAAUCCAACCAGGAGAGGAGCCACGGCUGUCUACCUCCAAAGAAGCGUGAGAUCCUGGCUCUGGAGCAGAGGCCUGUGGUGGUAACAGCAGCAGCUGAGAUCCUGGCUCUGGAGCAGAGGCCUGUGGUGGUAACAGCAGCAGCUGAGAUCCUAGCUCUGGAGCAGAGGCCUGUGGUGGUACCAGCAGCAGCUGCAGCCUCAGCAGACACUACCUUACACACAGAGAACCUGGCUUGGCUGGCCAAUGUAGCCAGCGAACGCUGCAGAUCCACAGAAACUCCCAGCCCCAGGUUUCAUGUCUCCUCGUCCUCCUCUUCAUCCCCCUCCCCUUCUGCUCUCCCCCUGUCCUCUCUCUCCACGAUCUACCCCACUGGGGUGGGGCUCAGCCAACAGAGCGGGACAAUCCAGUACGCCCAGCUGGCCCCUAACCUCCAGUUCAUUAGCUCGGGGCCGUACACUGGCUACAUCUCCUCUCAGAUCAUCCAGUCCACUGCCACCAGUGUAGCCGCCUCCACAGGGCAACAGCGCCACCAUCUGGACGGCCACUGCUACACCACCGCCCUCAUCUCCCAGGCCACCAAGGUUGGGGACCAGCAGAACCAGGUCCAGAUAGGUCUGCCGUCUGACCUGGCUGUGUCCGUUGGAGGGACCCACUUCACCACUACCCACCAGUACAUCCAGCUGGACAGCAGCAGCCCUCUGACCGUCACCUCCCCUACCCAGGGCCACCUCCAGCCUCUCCAGCUCCACACCCACCCUGGGGUGGGCCUCCUCCCCCACACCCUCACCCUCGCCCCCUCCCAGGUGCUGGUCCAGUAUACGGAUGGGUUAGGGGUCAACAAAGCUGAGGGCGGACACACCAAGGUGGUGCAGCUGAAUGGAGAGCUGGAGAGGAGUUUCGGUAAACAGAGCUGUGCUGGCAUCAAAGGAACCUCCUACUCUAACCAGAACAAUCAGCAGGUUCACCAUGGAUAUGAAGCUCGACACAUCCUCAUUCCCGCAGACUACACUACCCAGGAUUCCACAGGACUACAAACCUCCCUGGUGCUGGUAGCAAACGCCCAGCCCAACCCCCACCCCCACCCUCACCCUACCAGUGGUGCUGAGCAGGACACGGUCCAGGUCCACCCAUCACUAAUACACAGUGAGGGAGGAGGCAUCUGUCUAAGGAAACCUGUCUCCAGAACCUCCUCUUUCACCUCCCUCAACUCCUCUGAGGCUCUGAAGGUCUCUUCUGCCCCUCACACGGUUAUCCAGACCACCCACCACUCUGACGAGCAUGUACACAGCCUGUACUCCACCACCCAGGCACCAAUCAUCGGCUACAUCGCCAGGGCAGGUAACCAGCAUGGCGUCAGCUACGCCACCCUGCCGCAGCACCUGGUCAUCCCGGACGGCCAGUCCCUCCAGUCCCUCCUGAUACCCGUUAACGGAGUUACCACCACUACGGACCUCGAGGCUGCCUGCUCUGUGACCGCCAGGACGGCCAGCACCACCGCCUCUCAGCUGGCCCCAGCGACCGCAUCCCUCCCCCGCCACACCUACCUCACCGCGUCCCUGUCCAAGUGUGAGAUGCUGGGGUCGGACGGCCACCACCAGUCCCCUGCUGUACUCCAGGCCCAAGUACUACCCAUCCAACACAUCCAAAUCCCGUCUAACACACCUGCUAAUGUGGUGGCGUCCCCCUCCCCUGCCCCAGCCCUAGCUUCAGGACCUGUCCAGGCCUCCCCCUCUCUCUCCUCUUCCCCCUCCCCUGUCCCAGCCCUAGCUCCAGGACCUGUCCAGGCCUCCCCCUCUCUCUCCUCCUCUCCAACCACGCUCCCUCCGUUCUUCAUGCGUGGCUCCAUCAUCCAGCUGGCGGAUGGGGAGCUGAAGCGAGUGGAGGACCUGAAGACGGAGGACUUUAUCCAGAGUGCUGAGAUCAGCAGUGAGCUGAAGAUUGACUCCAGCACAGUGGAACGCAUCGACACGGGCCAGACACCCAACGCUGUCAUCAUACAGUUCGGUGUCGGGGAACACAAAGCACAGGUGUGUGUGGAGGUGCUGUUAGAGUACCCGUUCUUUGUGUUCGGCCAGGGCUGGUCGUCCUGCUGCCCUGACCGGACCACUCAGCUGUUGGAGCUGAGCUGUGCCAAGCUGUGUGUUGGGGACGUGUGUGUCUCCCUGACCCUCAGGAGCCUGAGGGGUGGCGGUGGCUCUGUGUCUGGGAGGAACCACAACAGCCAGGGUCACGAGGUCAAGCUGAGGCACAGCCACAACACUGGGGACAUCACACAGGGGUCUAACCGCCAGGGGAACAGUCAGGGGAAUAGCCAGAGUAAUGGUCAGAGAGACGAUCAGAGAGACGGUCAGAGAGACGGUCAGAGUAAUGGUCAGAGAGACGGUCAGAGUAAUGGUCAGAGAGACGGUCAGAGAGACGGUCAGAGAGACGGUCAGAGUAUGGACAAGGACUUUAGGAACAGUUUGAAUGCUGCAGGCAGCAACAGUGUCUUCCUGGUGCAAGUGGCCAAAACAGACAGGUUGAAUAAGGAGGACAGGGACGUCCCCCGCUGUGUGGACCAGGUGACAGGAUCUGGACUGAGACCCGGAUCUGGACCAGGGGUCUACGGAACUGGAGUUGGACCCUGGAGCACCUCGGAUCUGCAUGCUGUCUCAGGGAAUGGAGAGACGAUAGGGAGAGACAAUGGAGAGAUGAGAGAGAGAGAACAGAAUAGCCCCAUGCUCCCUCCGCCCCUCAAGACAGAAGUGGGUGAGGCAGACAAAGAAAAACCCUGGGGUCGUAAGAGGAGGUGGUCUGCUCCAGAGAGAGAUCAGACAGAGAGGGCGGACGAGGAACCCCCUUUGACUCUGCCAAAACCCUCUUUUAUAACUCAGCAGGUCAAACUCUCCAUCGAGGGAAGGUCAAAUGUUAGUCGUUGAAGGAGCUGGAGUGUUGUACAGGAGGUAGGGAACAUAGUUUUAUAUGUUUGUAACGUUGUUAGUGCUGUUUGGUUUGAUCUAUCUAUCCACAUUAAUGGAGAGGAUUCAUUUACCUGGUAUAUACAUGUUUUAUGAUUCUAUUUCUAUGGAAGGAACAUUGUUGUCUCUGUGUUUGGCCCACUGUCUGGAAGGCCAGUCUCUCUCCAGAACACAGUGAGUGGCCCACUGUCUGGGAGGCCAGUCUCUCUCCAGAAUACAGUGAGUGGCCCACUGUCUGGAAGGCCAGUCUCUCUCCAGAACACAAUGAGUGGCCCACUGUCUGGGAGGCCAGUCUCUCUCCAGAACACAGUGA